GGUAACGCAGGGAAUAUGGGAGAUUGUUUACCCAUCGCUGAGCGAUUCUACAAGAAUUUCAAAUGCAACGUUGUGAUGUUGUCUUAUAGGGGAUAUGGCCUCAGUGAAGGUACUCCUUCAGAGAAGGGACUUCGAACAGAUGCCCAAACGGUGUUGAACUAUAUCAGUGAACACGAGGUGCUAAAACAUACAAAAUUGGUGAUUUAUGGACAAUCGCUUGGUGGUGCCGUUUCUAUUGACCUGGUAUCGAAAAACGAAGAUAAGGUGGCAGGAUUAAUUGUUGAAAAUACCUUCCUUAGCAUACCAAAAUUGUUACCACAUGUGAUUCCACAACUGCGGCACUUUUCAUUUUUCUGCACACAAAAAUGGGAAUCUGAUAAAGCCAUGAAGCUAAUUAAGCGAGUCCCAGUUUUGUUUCUUUGUGGAGCCAUUGAUGAACUCAUACCUACUGAACACGUGAUGCAGCUUUACGAAAUGACGAAUACCGAGGGCGGAAAGGAAUUUCAAUCAUUUCCAAAUGGUACUCACCAAGAUACUGUUGCGCAGCCUGGAUAUUUUGAUGUGAUCGAAGAAUUCUUAUUAACCAAGGUUGUAGGUUGA